UGUCAGCAAAAAAAUAUGUUAUUAUAUUAUUAUGAUUGAUUCAAGAUCAUUACACACUUCUACAUAGACACACACACAUAGACACACACACACACACGAAGACAAAACAUAAACACAGCAACACUAUAAGACAUUCCCACAAAUGUUUUCAUUUAGACGAAGCGAGCGAAUAAACUGGCAUGUGAACAACCCACACGUGUUCUCCUGUCUGUUUCUGAGCGAUUCGUCUCCUUGUCUCCUUGUCUCCUUCGGGCCCGAAGGGAAGGCAUUCACGAAGGAAUCCAGGGUCUCUUUCUGGGUGAACCCAACAAUUUGGUGUCAGAAGUGGGAUACUGCCAACCAGUCUCUUUCUCUCUCUCUCUUUCUCUCUCCCUUUCUCUGUGCUAUAGAAUUGACCUGUGUGCAAACGCUGACUGAGUUGUGCAGCCCGGCUGACUGAGAAUCCGUUACUGCCCGUGAGACGUUGUGAACAAAGGGGGGAAGAGAUCUUGCGCCCAGUCCAGAUUUGGAACCGUGGAACCGAACCACCUCACUACAAUCCAUGAUGGUCCACAUCGCGGGUCUCAUGACAUCACUGCUCGGGGCAGGGCUACCCGCCCGAGCCUUCAGGAUCACUCCCUUGCUCGGGGCAGGGUUACCCGCCCGAGCAUUCGUGUCCGCUUCAUCUCUGCUCGGGGCAGGGUUACCCGCCCGAGCCUUCGUGGCUGCUGCAUCUCUGCUCGGGGCAGGGUUACCCGCCCGAGCCUUCGUGAUCAUUUUCCUAUUGCUCGGAGCAGGGUUACCCGCUGGAGCUGGACCUCGGGACAACAUCUUCUGGCAAUUUGCUAACUGGACUGCACGGGCUCACACAAAUGAAAGUUGUUAUGUAUGUCAUUUGAUGCCAUCCUCCACUAUUAUUACACGCCCACCUUUGCCGUUAUGCUCUGAAGCUUUAUAUUAUGCUUGGGGGCCAAAAGGCCAACCUUCUAAAUUUUGGGGCCCUUUCUGUAAUUACUCUCCUCACCCUUCUGUGGUAGCAAAGUUAAACCAGACUUCUUCAGUACAUGGCACAAAUACCCCUGACAUUAUAUUACAAGAUUCUAUUCUCACUACUCUGAAAGUAGAUAUGCCUUCUAAUUUCACUUUCCCUCAUUGUUUUAGAAUGAAUUACUCUCAAAAAAGUAAUAUUUAUUUAGGACACAUUCCUAAGUCUCAAUGUAAGCAGAUAUAUGAUCAGAAUUCCGUCACCUCUCCAUGUCCUCGCUGGAUCCCAAAUUCAUGCCGAUGUAAACCUCCGCUAACUGAUUGUACACUCAACAGUAUCGGAUAUAUCAAAAAUACAUGUAGAGCUCAUCCUAAUUGCGUUCCACCACACCCUAAUAAUUAUCCUGGUGUUAAAUUGGCAUUAAACUGGUACUGGUACUGCGGUAAUAGUAAUCUCCUUGUUUCGUUUCCCACUAAGUGGUCAGGCAUUUGCGCUCCCAUACAACUCAAAAACGCUAUCACUGCUAUCCAUCCUCUCUCUGCUCAUCGCCCAAAACGAGAUGUUAUUCAUAAUUUUCCACCCCUGGAACAUCAUCUUACUACUCGGUGGCACAGGUUUUGGACAUCAAUGUUUCCUCAUUUUGGUGUAGCUGAUCUAUGGAAGAAUGUAGAAUUAACACAUUAUCGCUUGGCCAGCUUUGUUAAUGAAACCAUUAAAGCUGUCGAUGGUAUUAGAACAGAAUUAACCUCCCUGCGUCUAAUGACUACUCAAAAUCGUAUGGCCCUUGAUAUUUUGUUAGCAGAAAAGGGGGGUGUUUGUGCUAUGAUUGGAGACAGCUGUUGCACUUUUAUUCCCACUAAUGAUAACCCGGAUGGUGAAAUAGGUGCAGCCGUACAUCAAAUGAGACAGAUUGCUCAACAAUUAGAACAUGAUGAACAUGGGGAUACGGCAGGGUGGGUGUGGUUUUCUGGACUGUUUGGUAAUUUGUCUAGUUGGUCUGCUAUUUUUUCUAUGUGUAUUCCUGUAGUGGUGAUUGUUCUUUUGUUUAUUUUUCUGGGACCUUGCAUUCUGAGAUGCUUGAUGGACAGAAUGCAUAAGAUGAUUUAUAGUCUUACCCGCAAACCUCUGCAUAGAGAGAAUAAUGUAUAUUAUCGUCCUGCUAGGGUGUAACACUAAUCUUAAUCAUAAUCUUACUUACUUACAUAUUUACUUAAAAAAUCUA